CCCAGCGAGAUCGCCAAUCCCAGAAAGAGAUUAGCUGGGGACCCGGGGGAGGAUGCCAAGCUGGUCUCCCGCACUUUCUCUCAACCUGGGAGUUGGGGCUGCCCGGAAUCCCGGGCCCUUGCGAGAGGCAGGCCUCUGCUCCUCCUCCGCAGGGGCCAUACCCCUCACACACGCCCUCCCACGACACACACGCCAUCAAUCUAGCCGAUAGGCGCCGCUCCCACGCGCACACCCCUGCCCCUCGCACGAGGGGGCCCUGUCGCCAGGCCCCUUCCCUGGCACUCCCACCCCCGCCCGCUGCUGAGGCUCCAGAUGGCGGCUUCUUGCGCUCGGCUCGCGGGCCCCCAGACGCCGCCCGGCAGCAGCCGGCGGUCGCUCCCUCCCUCCCAGCUGCUGCGGCGGAGAGCCGGACCACUUUGCAAGGCAGACGGGCUCCUCCGCAAGCUCUCAUUGGGGCGGGAGUGUGGCCGCGGGUGGCGCGGGGAUGCCGAGGGACCCGCGGGAGCUUCGCUCUGGGUAAAGGAGCCCUGCGGCCGCAGGGUCAAUUGCUGGACCAGAGCACCCACGCGACAGCAGGGAGCGGCUUCGCGGACGCCAGAAGGGGGCGCCCAGCACCCCAAAACCCGGGCAGGAGGCAGCCUCUGCCUGGGCGUCCCGCCCAGCCCAGCUGAAGGCUGCUUCGAUCGGAAAGGUGCCCCCUUCUGCCUGAGAGCAGUAAUACCUACCGCCAGCCGCGACCACCUACUUGUCCAUUUUUCUCCUCUCAACUCACUGCUCGCACUACCACCCUUGCACGCGCUCGCUCUUUUUCAGAGUCUCCCCCCCCCUCUCUCUCUGUCUCUCCUCUCCCUACCCUCAUUCUUUCCUGGUUUUCUUCCUUCUCUCCGAUUUUCCCCCUUGGGUUCCUACACCGAUUCUGUGAGGUUUUAUGUGCCCCUAAAAGGUGGCGUGGAGGUCAUGUGUUUCAGGCUCCUCUCCCUAGGUGCCUCCUUGGGUGGCCCCGAAAGCAGCCCUGAGGAAGGCAACUAUUGGAGGUUGACGUCAUUCUGUUCCGGGGAUAGGAGACAGCAACAGUUUGCUAUAUACAGAUACACAAGGAAAACCAAAGCUAUUCAGGCUCCUCAUUUGUCCAGCAGCCUAACAGUGGUGCCCUUUCUGUGCGGCUGCUUUCCCUGCUUCAGGAGCAGCAGUUAUGGUAGAAGCAGAUGGCUACUGAUUGGGGGAGCUUUGUGGCUCUAAUGCUGAAUACUUUAUGGAAAAGGACUUUAUCAUGCUUCGUUGGGCAGAGGAACAAGGGGAUGAGAUUUAUGGCCAGGAAAAAUAAAUCUUUUUCCAAGUUGUG